AUGACCUCCAACGAAGCCCCCGCCGCCCUUAUAUCCAAACUCCAUGCCUUUACCUCCAGACUCAACGAUGCAGGCGACCACGACGCACGCAAAGAGUGUUUAAAGCUAAGCAAAGCACUCACGCUCCAACUCGAAGAACCGAAUAAUGUAGCCGUUGACAUGGCAUUUUCACCCAUGAUCGCUGUUGCCACACGACUCGCCGUGGACUUGGAUUUAUUCAAAUAUGUGGUAAAAGAAGGGCCGGUUUCGUCAGUGAGGUUAGCAGAAAUAUCGGGAGCGGAGGAGCUGUUGAUCAGUAGGUCUGUCCCAUUCAUCACUGAAGGUUUAUACACUCUAACACCGGAGCACAGUACGAAUCAUGCGACCGUUAUCAGCGGCCAGCUUUGUCGAAGAAAUCGAGGCGAAGACGUGGAAAGCGACGGCAAUCACGGAAUCUAUGGCGAAGACGAAAUCGCCGCUGGGCAUAGGAUGAUAUCCCAACUGAUCGUCCCGGCCAUGCAAAGCGCCCCGGACUAUAUGCAUCAAAACGGGUACUCGAGCCCCAUUGACCCGCACAGCGGACUCGUCCAGCACGCCUUCCAAACCCUCCUGGCCACUUUUGAGCGCAUAAUUUCGUUACCGGCAUUACUCAAGGACUUUAAUGCAUUCAUGGGCAACACGAUGGGCGCGCGCGCGUACUGGGUUGAUUGGUAUCCCGUGCAAGAGCGGAUUCUGGACAGUGCUAGCACUGAUACGGCUUUGAUUGUGGAUGUAGGUGCCGGCAAGGGGCAUGAUUUGCUAGACUUUCGGGAAAGGUUUCCAGGGACGGGGAGGUUGGUUUUGCAAGAUUUGCGGGCUGUUGUAGAUGGGCUUGGUGAGGGAUUGGGUGAGGGGAUUGAGUUGAUGUCAUAUGAUUUUUUUACGGAGCAGUUGGUGAAAGGUGCAAGAGUCUACUUUUAUCAUCAUAUUUUUCACGACUGGUCGGAUAAGUACUGUCUUCGUAUCCUGGAGCAGGUCGCUACCGUCAUGACGCCGGGGUACCCGAAGCUGCUGCUACAUGAGAUGAUCGUCCUGGAGCAAGGCGCCCCGCAAUUCCAAGCGCAACUGGAUAUGACGAUGAUGGCGUUUAACAGUGGGAUGGAGCGGACGGGCCUGCAGUGGCAGGCACUGCUGGAGGCUGCUAGCCUUCAGGUGAUCGGGAUCUGGGAGCCGGUUGAUGAAGGGGCUGAUGGGAUUAUUGAGGCAAUGAAGAUGUAG